UCGCGUCAACUGCAUCUCGUACACAGGCGAGCAGCAGCCAAUCUCAAGUGAAAGUUUGACAGUAUUUUACACGUGAGACGACUACUAAGUGUGCGUGUGUUCGCGUUUGUGUUUCUGUGUGCGUGCGUGAUUCAGUUAAAGCCGCUUAGAGCUAGCGGCAGCACGAGCUCAACAAAAACGUGCACACAACAAACAUAAAAAGGAGUCGCGCAUAAUUCGAAUAUUCUAAAAGGUGGUCAUGAGACGUGCCCAACAUUUGCAUAAAUAUCAAAUGCCACCAAAAUACUAAAAAAUCAUCAAAGCCAAAAAAAGUAACUGUGCUUAAAUUUAAACAAAGCAACAACAACAAAAAACUGCCACYAAAAUGUUGCGUCUAACAGCGCUCGUCGUGAUCGUGGCGUUGGUUGUGGCAGGCGCGCGUGGCGCCACCACCAGCAGCGGCAACAUCCUCGUCAGCGACGAGAACAACAUGUUGCGCGAUGCCCAAACAGCCGGCAGCACGGCUCCAAUUGCAACAGCCACGGCAACGGCAACGGCAGCUGCGCCCGCAUUAUCCAGCGUGGAGCUGCUGCGCUUUGUCAACGAGGAUGAGGACAACAACGAAUUGGAGCUGCUGUCGAGUGGCAAGGAUGAGCAGGAUGCGGAUGCCGCUGAGAAGAAUCUGAAACUGGGCGAUCAGGUGCGACUGCUAACGAAGCAAUUGAAUGCGCUGAUGACGCGACGGCGCGAGGAUUACGAAUUGCUCGAACAUAAUUUACGCAAAUCCCUGAGGCUCACCACGGACGCGGCCAGCGUCGAUGCGGAUAUGCGCAGCGAAUUGGACCAAUUGAGACGCGAAAUGCAAACGCUGCGCGCCACCCACAGCGGCAACAAGGAGCGACUCACCGUCGAGUGGCUGCAGCAGUCGAUAUCGGAGAUACGCAAACAGCUGGUGGAGCUGCAACGCACCGCCGGCAGCGUGGCAAAGGAUGUGCGACAUGGCGGCGCUGCCUACGAGGAUCUGGCGACCAUACGCAGCGACUAUCAGCAGCUUAAGCUGGAGCUGGCCGCACAGCGUGAACGCCAAGAGCAAACGGAGGUGAUUGUUCAAGAGCUGCGCGAGGAGCUCCUGCAGCAGGAGCAGGAAUACAAACAUGACCUCAAUAGGCAGCAGCAGCAACAACAACAACAACGGCAACUAAAUGCCAAUGCAAUUGCCAAGGAACAGCAGACGGAGCAGUCGGCCAGCAUUGAGGAAGAUAGCAGCAGUCGGGAAAGCAGCCAGGAGGUGAGUAAACACACACACACAUACGCACCGUAGUCCGUGCUCAACUUU